GUGAGAUAAUAAAAAAAGACCAUCCCCCGCCCUCUUAGUCACUAAAGAGGGGAAUUCCCUCCGUUUUCCAGGCUUUGACUAUCACAAGACUGUUGAAUCCACAGUUCUGCAUUUAAACUCGAAGACUACCUCCAUUCAAAACAAUGCCACGCACACCAUCUCACGUGUGGAUACAUUUCACCUCAACCAAUCUGAAAGGAAAGGCUGUGUACAGUUGCAAAUACUGUGCAAAGACCUAUGUUAAGAAUGCCACGAAGAUGCAGCAGCAUAUAGCCAAGUGCCCAAAGUUUCCCCAGAGCUCAAAACAAGCCACGCCAGACAAGAGUUCAUCUGCUUCAUCCAUCCGAUGUGGAAAUGACUCAGAUUCAGGCACCCUCUCGUCAGCUCCCGCUCACUCUGGAACCGGAGGAUUGUUCGACUCAAUGGAUGAACGCAGCCAGAGACAUGCCGAUGAAUGCUUCGCCCGAGCAAUGUAUGCAACUGGCUCACCUCUGACGCUCACAUCCAAUGUCUAUUGGAAGAGGUUCCUGAAUGUCCUCCGCCCCGCAUACACACCCUCCACCAGUCAUGCUUUAUCUACUCGUUUGCUAGACGAAGAGUUCAACAGAGUGCAAGCAAAGGUCAAGCAAACCAUUGACAAAGCAGACUGCAUUUGCGUCAUCUCUGAUGGGUGGUCGAAUGUCCGGGGCCAAGGAGUCAUCACCUACAUUGUCACCACCCCUCAACCAGUACUCUAUAAGAGCACAGACACAAAGCACAACAGACGCACAGGAUCCUACAUUGCUGAUGAGCUCAAAGCAGUCAUCAAUGAUCUUGGACCUGAGAAGGUUUGUGCACUUGUAACUGACGAUGCUGCAAACAUGAAGGUUGCUUGGGCACACGUGCAGGAGACCUACCCUCACAUAACAACAAUUGGAUGUGCCGCCCAUGCUCUUAAUCGUCUCCUUAAGGACAUCAUGGCACUGAGUACAAUGAACACACUGUACAAGACCGCGAAGCAAGUCGUGAAAUAUGUGAAGGGCAAACAGCUAGCUUCAGCAGUCUACCUCUCUAAGCAAAGAGAACAAAACAAGAACGGCAGACUAAGGCUCCCCAGCAUCCCUCGGGGAUGGGCUGGGGUCGUCAUCAUGUACCACAGUCUGCUAGAGGGGAAGGAGUCUUUGCAAGAGAUGGCUAUAUCCCAGACUGCAGCAAUCGAAAGUGCCAUCAAGGGAAUCCUGUUAGAUGAUAUGUUCUGGGAAAGAGUGACUGGCAGCCUGAGAAUCCUCAAACCAAUAGCAGCAGCAAUUGCCAAGAUAGAAGGGGAUGCCGCCCUCUUGUCAGAUGUUAAAUAUCUGUUUGCUGAGCUCAAAGAUGAAAUGCAAGCUGUCCUGCCUGCCUCCAUGCUGCUGCAAGCAGAGGAAACCUCAGUGGUCAAGUCCCUGGAGAAGCACCUAGAGUUCUGCAUGAAACCAAUACAUGCAGCAGCAUACAUGCUGGACCCAAAGUAUGAGAAAAGCAUCCUCUCAGUUGAAGAGAUCCGCAGUGCUUACUCGGUUAUUACUGCCAUGUCUCGCCGUCUCGGGCUUGAUGAAGGCAAAGUUCUCGGCAGUCUAGCAAAGUACCGUACCAAGCAAGGCCUUUGGGAGUGGGAUGGGAUAUGGCAGUCGUGCAGGCACAUAUCUGCAUCUACCUGGUGGAAAGGACUUUGUGGAUUUGAGGCCCUUGCACCUGUAGCGUCUAUCAUCCUUCAGAUCCCACCAACAUCGGCCGCCUCUGAGCGCAAGUGGUCCCGGUUUGGGAACGCACACACAAAGGUUCGCAACAGGCUCACGAAUGCAAGGGAGGAGAAACUGGUGGCAGUCCGGGCAAACCUGCGACUCUUUGAGCCUGACACAGAGCCGUCCUGGACCAGGCUGGACAGUGACACCGAAGAUGAAGACGAGUCAGACAUGGAGGAUGUUGAUGAGGUCCAGGAAGAAGAGAAAAUACUUUCAUUUCAAUUUUGAAUGGGACUUUUUUUUUUGGAAGAGGAAGGGUGGGGAAUGCAGUCAGUUUAGGACAGGACACUUUCACUGGAAGGAAACCCUGUGUGCACCCAUCCAGCUCCAGGAGCUUCUGAGGAACAUGAAGGGUUUACAAACAGAGCAUUAGAGCGAUGAGGCUCAGCUUCUCUGUGCUCGAGCAGACUAAUGGUCCAGACAGAUAAGAAUGUCUCCAUGCAGCCCAUUAUAUCGCAAGGACUUGUUUUUGAGCACUUAAAUGUAAUGCUGCCCCACCUCAUCCAUUACACAAAUGACACAAUAAUGCAUUUGACAGAGAACUGAAAUGGACAAGAGAAAUGAUUGAUAUGAAGGUGGGUGCUAGUGCAUUUCCAGCUAACAAACAUGCUCAUUUAGAACCAAACCACAUAAAGAACAUUUAGCUAGCAUCCCAUUAAGAUAUGGAAACAUUACUUUCAAAAUUUUUUUUCUGAAUAUUCAAAACCAUCCAGUAUUUAUGUAUUUAAUUUAAUUUAUGGCCUUUUCUAGUGUUAAAGAAAACAUUUUUAAAAAAGUUCAAUUUUAUAAUUUUGCAAGCAUUAUGGGGAGAUUGCUAUUCAAUGUUUUCUGAACAUUCUGAAACAAUUAAGUUGGCUUGAAAAGGUCAUUUAAAGUGUUUAAAAUUCAAACUCAUUUAAGCUUCCAGUUUAAAAGCUAUCUAUCCAUCUCUCUAUCUAUGUCUCUCUCUCUAUCUAUCUAUCUAAUUCAUGCUUGCAACAUUUUCACUAAAUUAACUGGUUUUAAAUGGUUUUCACUUGAACUGGUUUUAGCUUUUUAACUGGUUUCUAGUUGGUUUGUAGCUCUUUUUUUUAGCUGUUUUUCUCAAAAAAUUAACUGGUUUUAGCCGUUUCUAGUUGAUUUAUGUUAAAUGAACAUACACUGUAAAAAAUGACUGUGGUUUUAACAGUAAAAAACUGUGAAAAUGCUACAGUACAAACCUGUUAAAUGGUUAACAGUAAUUUCCUGUAAACUUUACAAGGAAAAACCGUAAACUUACGUUCCCAAAAUUCUCUGGAAUUUAGAAUUAGUUUUUUCUUUGAAAUAACUAUGUUUCUUCUUAUUUUUUUAUUGCAUAUUUCAGUUUAAUGAGUCUCACCAUGAUGGUUUUUAGUGCUUGUGUGAAAAACACUGUGCACCUUCUAUAUAUCUUGAUAUUUAAAAGCUGCUUGUGAUGGGCUUUGUUUGAUCACGUGACUUUCUCAUCACCACCUGCUUUUGGUGGUUAUCAGUGUAUUACAAAGAUACAAAACAGAUUUCAGUACUUCAAUAAGUUGGUAUAUUGAUAUUAUAUCAGUUAAAUUAUGGUAUUUAACUGUAAAUGUUAAGGUAAAACAGUUAAACCUAACUGUAAUUUUUAUGGUAUAAAAACGUUAGACCAAAAAACGGUUACCAUAUUUUUUAUAAUAUAAUUCUGGCAACCACAGCUGCCGUUUUUUUAAGGAAAAUUUAUGGAAUAUUUUUUACUGUGUAUUUUUAGCUGUUUUUCACUAAAUAAACUGGAUUGAUCUGUUUUUACUGGUUUAAUCUGGUUUUCACUUAACAAACUGGUUUUAGCUUUUUUUACAGAUUUUCACAAAAUUAACCAGUUUUACCUGGUUUUAGCUAAAUGAACUGUUUUUAGAUUUCUUUUUUAGCUGGUUUUCACUAAAUGAACUGGUUUUAGCUGGUUUCAAUUGGGUUUAGGUUUUUUUUUGUUGUGUGAAAUGAACUGGUUAGCUGUAUUAGCUGGUUUUAGCUGGUUUUCAUUAAAUUGAAUGGCUUUUAGAUGGUUUUAAUUGGUUUUAUUUAUUUUUU